ACUGCGGAAGCGCCGCAUACCCACGGUCAGUUUGCAACUAUAAGAACCUGCCCUUUGACGAUUCACUUCUCUUCCCAUACAAUCACGAACACAUCAUAAACUUUUCUCAACAGUAAUCAUGAGCAACCCUUCACGCGGCAGAGGUGGUCCCCGAGGCGGCUACUCUGGUGGCCCUCGAGGGGGUGCUGGUGGGUUCAGUGCAGGAAGAGGCUCUAGUACGAGGGGCGGAUAUGGCGGUGGUUCCAGAGGGGGAGUACCAGGAGAUUUGAUCUUCCGGGGCCCUGCAUCUGUAGACCAACGUCUCGCUACCUUGGAUGAACUAGUCUCUUCCUUCAAUAAACUUACCUUCAACCCUGAGCGCCCUCACCGGCCUGGCUUUGGUACCCUUGGCCGUCAAAUCACACUGCGUGCCAAUUUCUUUCCCAUUAAGCUUCCCAAAGGACCCAUUUACGACUAUCAUGUCGAGAUUACGCCGUCCACAGACAUUAAGCGCAUUCGUGCACGCCUUUUCAAGCUCCUAGAACAAAGUAAUCAACAAGACUGGGAACAGUUUGUACCGUUCAUCGCUCAUGACAGCAGUCAGAGGCUUGUGUCGGCCAAGAAGUUGCCUCAGCCCCUUGACGUGCAAGUUCAGUAUUAUGAGGAAGGAGAAGCUGGUCCCAAUGCUAGAUCCAAGACGUAUACUUUCGCAAUCAUCCACACGGCCGACUUGGACAUCGCACAGCUCACUAAGUAUCUUAGUGGCGAUAUCAAGUCACGGGACUACGACGUCCAGCCAGUGGUAGCUGCUGUGAACCUCGUGCUUCAAACGCAUGCAGCGCGCACCGGUGUUCGUGUUGGCCAGAAUCGCUAUUUCUUUCCUUCGCAAGAGCGGUUUGAGCUCGCGCUUGGCAUAGAGGGCGUGAAAGGCUUUUUCACGUCUGCCAGACCUACAUAUAACGAACUCAUGGUAAACGUCGGUGUCUGUAUGACUGCCUUCUACAAACCAGGCAAUCUUGCAGACGCUAUGAUGGCGUUCCAGCGAUCUUCCGAUGGUGCUAUGCCGCAGCGGUUUACCCAGAAGCUUAAGGUGACCACUAGACACCUAGGGUACGCGCAAAAGAAGCCGAUCAAGAAGAUCAUGCCAACGAGUGCCAGACGGACUUUUUUCCACUGCGAAGAAUACGGCAAGAUAACUGUCGAAGAGUAUUUCAGGAAAAAGUACCCCCAUAUCACGCUGAGGCAUGCAGACGACCUUCCAGUCGUUGAUAUCUCAGGUCCGAAUUCGAAAUUCUCUAUAUACGUACCAGCCGAAAUAUGCGAAAUCGAGCCCGGGCAACCAUUCAGAGGGCGUCUCAAUGAGAAAGAAACUUCGAACAUGAUUCGGUUCGCCUGCAAUCCGCCAAAAGUCAAUGCAGAUACCAUCACUGAAAACGGUCUCCCCACUCUUGGGUUUACUCCCGGGACGCUGGGAAGUCCUCUGAGUGGCUUCGGUAUUACGGUGGACAACAACAUGGCGGUCGUUCCUGGACGUGAACUUCCACCGCCUCGCCUCACUUACGAAGCAGGGGGAAGGCCGCUUAACGUCAGCAACGGCAGUUGGAACAUUCUUGACGUCAAGUUUUAUAACGGCGGGGCCAUCAAGAGCUGGUGGGUGAUGGUCGUUAGAGAGAAAGACGGACGAAGUGUGUUCAGCGGGGCCGACGACCCUCUUCUGACUGGUAUUUGGAGAGGCUUUGGCGAGAAAUGCCGCAAUAGCGGAAUGUCACUGGGAUCACAACCCGUCAAGCUUGCCCAAUCGCUCAUCUCUCGCGCCGAAGACCCUGGUAGGCAGCAAGCGCUAGACUCGAUUCGUCAGAAGAUCAAGCAGAACAUUUCCGAGAAAGGAAAACCGUCAUUUAUACUCGUCCUCCUGUCUCGCCGGGACAACUUCAUUUAUCCGGGCAUCAAACGGAUCUGUGACGUCGAAUUGGGCGUCCACACCAUACAUAUGCUUACGGAUAAGGUGGUAGGAAAGGAUCCCAAUAAACAAGAUCAAUACUUCUCAAACAUCGCUCUCAAGUUGAACACGAAACUCGGAGGUAUCAAUCAUGUGUUGGAUUCGGACAGCUUGAAAUGGUUGACGAAGGCCAAGACGAUGGUUGUUGGCAUGGACGUUACGCAUCCCGGCCCUGGCAGUAUUGAAGGCACACCAUCAAUUGCCGCUGUUGUUGCGAGCGUUGAUAGUUCUUUCGUCCAAUUUCCAGCAAGUCUCAGGUGUCAGGAGACCAAGAAAGAGAUGAUCACGGAUUUGGCUGAUAUGAUGAUAGACCGGCUCAGAUUGUACGCGGAGAAGAACCAAAGCCUACCAGAUCGAGUCUUUGUUUACAGGGACGGUGUUUCUGAAGGUCAAUUCAAUACCGUGUUGGAGGAAGAGCUUCCUAAGAUCCUAGAAGCAUUCAAGAGAGUCCCGCAGAGGAAGCCGUAUCGUCCGUUGUUAACUAUUAUCAUUUGUGGAAAGCGACACCAUGCCAAGUUUUGGCCGACCGACUCUCAGUUUGCGGACCGGAACGGUAACACUCGUCCAGGAACCGUCGUUGAUAGAGGCGUCACUGCAGUGUUUGACUUCGAUUUUUACCUUCAACCUCAUGUUGGCUUGCAAGGUCAUGUGAAGGCGACACACUACACUGUGGUGUAUGACGAGAAUCGCCUCGGCGCAGAUGAACUGCAGCAGGGCACGCACACUGCAAGUUACCUGUACGCCCGUGCUACCAAGGCUGUAAGUCUCGUCCCUGCCGCGUACUAUGCCGAUUUGGCAUGCGAGAGAGGGAGGUGUUACUUGAACGACUUCUUGAGUGCCGAUGAUAAGAUGUCAAGCUCUGUCGUAUCAGGGAAAGGAAGGGGGAAGGGAAAGGCAGACAAGGAAGAAGAGAAGAUACGGGUGUUUAAAGAGGCAAAGAAAGCAUGGGGAGAGGGUGUGCACCCCGACUUGCGGGAGAGUAUGUUUUAUAUCUGACCUAGUAGCUACCAGUGCGACUCUCUAGUAUUGUAUUUGUAUUUGACCGUUCUUUUCGUAUUAGUCAUGUGAUCCCCAGCUAUACACCGUCCGAACGGUUGACAUU